ACGUCAAUGGUGUUUGUGUUGUGUUUGUGUUUUGUGUUGGUUUUAAAUAAAUUGUUUGAAAAAAACGUCGCCUUGACAACGGAAUUAAAUUUUUUUAUAAACGAAUUUCAUCAUGGAUUUAGUAUGAAUUGCCUGAAUAAUGGAUGAAACUGAAAAAAAUCUACCUCAUACAUCCGAUAUUCACAAUGUCCUUCCGGAUGUCGUUCAUUCUAAACAGAUCGCUACUUUGGAGAGUGAAGAUAAAGUAACUGAAAUAAAUAGGGAAGACAUAAUUCAGGUAUCGCAAUUAAACCCGACAGAUUUGGAUUAUGUUAGUGAAGCGGAAUCUAUUUCAGAGCAAAUUCCUUCUAAUGUUGAAGAUUCCGUUUCUGAGUCUGAUGUGGGGCAGUCACAAUCUCGAGAUUUCCUUAGAGUACCUAUUGAUCAUGAACAAACGCAAAAAAAUGCCUCUCCUCAUUUACAAAUAUCAAAUUCUCCUAGCAUUAGUCCCAGUGCUCAGCAGCAAAAACAAACUACAUCAUGGCACUAUGAUACAGAAUAUUCUGAUUUUCACAUAAGCAACGAAAGCCCAGUAAAUCUGCCAUUGUCGUCUGAUACAUCAAAAGAAUUACAUAGAGAAAAAUCAGACUCUAACUCAUAUGAAAUAGAAUCUCCAAAAAGUUUCUCAGACUCAUUAAAUGAUAAUGUAAAACUGAAUACCAACUCAAAAAGCAGUGCAGGGAAUUCAAGUACCAGUAUUAAAACUGAAGCUGACAAGAGUUUAAGUUCUGAGGAUGUUAUAAAGCUAGAUAUAAGAGGAAAAGGUGCUCCAAGGUUCCCUUUAGAGUCUGCUAAAAUAAUAUUUGGCCCUCCACCUGAUUGUGCAACUAUUAUUAGCUCUGAGUCUUGUACUAUUUUUCCUGUAUUAACACCAUUAACUACAGAAGCAAUCAAAAUAAAAGAAAUAUUUGACUCUGAACUUGGCAACACUUCUGAGGGAGUUAUUGUAGAAGAAAUUUCAAAUCAAGCAUCUAAGGAAACAUCUCCAGAUAAAUCUUUAGUGAGCGAUACCAGUGAGAAGGAACAAGAUGUGUUGAUUGAAGAAGUGACUAUUGAUUAUGUUAAAGAAAAAAAGGAUGACCAGCCGAAAUCUUUUAUACCUGAUGAGACUAUGUCUUUUAGCACUAUGACAACUGACUACAAAACAAUCUGUGAAGAAUAUACUGUGAAGCUUGUGCAUUUGGAAGAAGCUAUAAACCAACGAGAACAGCUUAUUGCAGACUUGACAAUCUCAUUGCAGCAAUCAAACAAUGAACGCGAACACCUUAAACAUGAAAAUAUGCAUCUCUGCUCUGAAGUGCAGACACUGCAACAUGCUGUUGCAGAACACUCACAAUCUGACCAUGAUACGAUUAAAGGCCAACUUUCAGAUUUCGUGAAGUAUCAAGGUAUGCUUAAGGAUGACAGUACUAGAUUUUACUCUGCUGUUAUGAGUGGGACCACAUCUCUACAAAGCUCAAAUGGUGAAAAGGACAUGGACCGCGAGGAAAUGACGGUCAAUCACUCUAAGUCAGAUUUAAAGUCCGGUUCAGGAUCCGAAGACUUUCAAACUGGCUUUGAAAAUAAGUUGUCCAUAUUGCUCAAUAAAUUUGGUGGUUUUAUAGAAGAUAAUUUAAGAAACAAAUUGAGGGAAAGCUUGAUAUCAGUGCUAUGCGAUGAAAUUGGAAAAAUGCGGUUAGAGUUUGAGACGGACGUGAGGGAGUUAGAGAGUCAAAUGAAGCAGAACGAACAAGAAUAUACCUCGGAAACUCGACGGCUUAGAGAUCUCCUAUCUUCGGUAAAAGCCGGCAAUGCAAAUAUAGAUGAACUAAGGAAAGAGUAUGAGAAAGAAAUGCAAGAUUUACGGACUUUUUUUGAAGAGAAAUGUUCUGAUAUAAAACAAAGGACUGAGGGCUAUUCAGAAGAAGUUUGGCGCGAUCGUGCCUACGUGUCUGCGGGAUCCUCGGAGGAUGAGAUCGGGGCGGGAGACGCGAGACGACGAACACGUUCCGCUGAGCUUCCAUCCUCACGCAUUGAGACAUCGACACCAGUAGAAUUGACACAACGACAAACGAACAAAAAACUCGAACAACAGUUGGAAGAGUUGAAAACUGAACACUUGCAGUAUAUUAACGAACUGCAAAUGAGGCAUAAAGAGGAAAUUGCGUCUUUAGAAGAACAGAUAACCCACUUGAAGGCUCACAUACAGACAGCAGAGAAUACGGAAGGGAACUUUUCAUUCCAACAGGAUAUCGACUCGGAACUAGAAAAGGGACACGUCGAAAGGAUUCGCGAAGAAAUGAUUCACCAGCUGCAAGACCAACUGCAGGUGCUGCUAUCGGACCCAGAUGCGGAGUUGACCAGUUGGCCAUUGGAGCUGGUGGUCCUGAGGGACAAGAUUCAUGCUGAUAAAACACAAGAGAAUGAGUUGUCGAGUCUCCGUGACGAGGCAGUCGGGGAGUCAGACAAAUGGAGACAGAAAAGGAACUAUAGCUUUGAUCAGAAUAGACAAUUGGAAGAGGUUACUAAAGAAAGGGACGGACUAAAACGUGUGGCAGACGCGUUGCAACGCGCAGUAUCGCAAUUGGUUGCGUACUGCGCCAGCGCCGAGGAUGAACUUAACCGCACUGUGCUGGCACAUUUGCUUCCUAAGUUGCUACCACAUGACUCCACAUUAGAAGAUUCGCGACCCGCAACACCUGACUUAAGUGUGAGCUUGGUCUCCCGUGGAAAACACGUACAUUUUGCACCUGACCUUGAUUCCAUACUCGGUUCUCUGGAUGAGGAUGGCGUCCUGGGUUUCCUGCAGCAGCAAAGGGACCUCAGUGCCGAGCUGAAGUUGGAAUUAGAGCAUUCUCUCAAGAGGUUACGCCACGAAGCCCAGGAUUUGUUGGACUUGUCUAAUAAAUUGGCUAUUAAUAAGCAAAACAAUGAACAAAAGAUGUUGGAGGCAAGUGAAGUUCAGAUCUCUGAGCUGGUUGAAGAGCUGGAGCGGAAACAUCAGCGAUGUGACAACUGUGAGAUGCAGAGGAAGAAUAUGGAGGAAGCAAUGUCUGAAUGUCUGCAACGAGAGAAUCUUCUCCGAUCAGAUUUAGAUUCGGCCAUGAUGAAGAUCUCUCACCUGAUGACGCUCGGUGACAGACCGCUGAGUGACGACAUCGUUGAGGGCUACGGCACGGGCGGCGUACGCGCGUCCUCCCGCGGCACGGGCUGGUGCUCGUUGGACGACGCGCUCUCGCCCAGGCACAACCACCACGAGUUCGAGGCUCUGCUCAAGGAGAGGGACGAUUUGCAACAACAGAUCAAAUGGAUGACAAACUCGCCCGUGCAUAAAAUUUGCUGCAAUAAGCUGGAAGCAGCAAACCGUCAGCUGAAGUCGACCCGUCAGUUCGUGGAGGAGCAAGCGAGCGAGCGCGAGGCCGAACGCGACGAGUUCGCCAAACGGCUGGCCGAGUUGAGGGAGGACAAUAGCAGACUCAGCACUCGACUGCAGAGCAACGCCAGGAUCAUGGGCGAGAUCCGCUGCUUACGACUCUCACAGUGCAACUGUCGUCAACACGAUGCACAUGUGGAGCAAUUAGAAAAUCAGACACGUGAAAUGAACCAAGUAAUAGCUGAAUUGGAGACGAAAAAGGCUGAAAAUGACAAAGUGCUUAAAGCUGCCGCAGAAGAGACGGUUCUACUACGCGACAUCAUUGCCAAGCUUGAAGCUCAGCUGGAACAGAAAACAGUCAGAGAAACAGAAAUUCUGGAACAAUUGGAAGAAAUGAAACGCACGAUAGACGAAAGAGAUAGCAAGAUGAGGAUUGUUCUCGGUGAACUGGAAUCGUUAAGGAGUGAAAGAGUCGAUAUUAGUGAUGUUACGUGCGUGAGGUGUGCGCAAGAAGAAGAUAGAUAUACCGAGUAUCUGGAGAAGAUUCAAGAACAGGCCUGUUGGCUUGAAGAACACAUACACCGUCGCACGCGCAGGUUGGAACGCUCCCAUGAAACCUGCUCUCAACCCACUUCAGAACCAAGCGAAGAUGUUUCUAUACGAGACCAAAAGGUGCGGUCUCCGGACAGCGCCAGUCCGCGUAUAGAGCGUCUAGCGGAGCUUAGCCGAGUAUGGGAAGGUAUCGAAGCACUCACGAGAGCUGAAGACGCAGUGCUCAAGAGGGUCAAGGAUCUGGAGAUGCAACGGGCGACGCUCAAUGACAUCGCUCAGGAGGUCCGUGCGGAACGUGAUGUCCUGCAGGCACGUAUGUCGGAGCAGGCGCUGAAGAUAUCAUCCCUGUCUGCUCGUUUGCAGCAGCAUAGGAAUGACGCGGAGGCUCUCGCUCAUACUGCUUCCAGCCAGCUCAGCGUCCAGCUCCAUGAUGCACAGGCAGAGGUUCAAAGACUAAAGGAAGAGCUGGAAUCGCGGGACAAGCAAUUAUCUAGACUGAAGCAAAACCUUGACGAAAAAGACAAACUUGGUGAUUCACAUGCAGCCAUAUACGGGAAUUCUUGUAAUCCCAAAGACAAAGUGAUAAUUCUUGAACGCGAAUUGUCCACUGCGCAGGCGCGUAUCGCUCAGUUAGAGGACAUCGCUUCUCAGUUGCAGGUGGAGAAUGAAAAGCUGCAAAACGAAAAAAAGGAGCAUCAGGCUCUGCUUUUGGAUAAGGAGGAACAGCUGAAUCAGAUUAUGGCUCUCAAAUUGGAAGAAGAACCGAAUCAAAAAAGCGAUAAUGUCGAAGGAAAAACAUCGGGACGGACGCUCAGCGAUAUUGUAUCGAUUUCGGAUUACGACGAGCAAGACCUACAGAUGCGUCGAGCCGAGCUAAAGAACCAAAACGCCAGCUUUACGGGCGCUCCACGAGACAAAUUGCAGAACAAGACGUUGCCCCCGGACGUGCAGAGGCCCGAUGUGAGUUCAUUGGACGCGGAAAACGUAGACAAUUUCGAGUUACAUACGCCUCGAGCCGAUUCGCUUCCGGUCAAUUUCACUUUUACCCCGAACAAAGAUAAAUUUAAAAGGAACGCAAAUGAAACGACCGUGUUUGGAACUAUCGAUAGAUUCGGCGAUAACGUCAAACAUUCCACCGCUCAGAAAAUAACCGACAAUUGUUCGCUAUAUCCCAACCGAAACGCUAGUAUCAGUAAUAAUCUUAGCGUUGAACCCAAAAAGAUAAACUUCUCGUUGGAGGCGUCGGACCAUAAGAGUCACGAAUUUACGUCUUUGGAAGAACUCGGCAUCACUGUAGAUAUGAAACAAGAGAACUUUCCCGAUAUUUUGUCUCAAUUGAAGCACGAAGUUAAAAAAUCCCAAACGGAACUUGCAAAUUGUAAAUCGGAGCUCAAAAAUGCAGAAGAACAAUUGGGCGAGUUCCCAGCUCUAAAAGAAGAGGUAGAGGAAUUAAAGGGUUUGCUAGAAAACACGGUGGCGGCGAUGGAGAAGGACAAGAAAUUUUAUGAAAGUCAGUUGGAAAACUUUGCAUCUAAUAAAAAUCACUUAGAACAAAAACUUUCCGAAUUGAAUCGAGAGGUUAGCGAGAAGACUAAAGAUCUGAACCUACUCAAAGAAGAUAUACUGAGGAGAGAAAACAUGAUACUCGAACUUGCAAAAGAAAAACGCAAUUUGACCAUGAAAAUAUCUGACUUGGAAGCUCGUAUAAACGAAUUGCAAAACAAAAAUUCAGUUUUAGAAAAAAGUGAAUCAGAAAACCAACAAUUGAGAGAGAAAUUAAUCGAACUUCACAAGCUCGAGCAACUCGUGUCCGAAAAGAACCAACAAAUUGACAGUUUAAAUCAACACCUCGACAGACUUGACGACUUACAACGACGCUUAAAUGAUAAAACUGACGAAGCGGCAACUCUAAAGGUCGCAUUAGAAAAGAAAUCAAAAGAAGUAUUCCAAGUGCAAGAUUCUAUCCUCGGUCUGAACCGAGAUAUCACCAAAGUCGUCGAAGAAAACGAUCAACUCAACACUGAGAACAAGGAGCUCAAACUUAAUCUCUCCAAACUAGAAAAGGAACAAGAGAACGCCUCGCUCAAACUUCAGAACAGCGAAAGCGAACUCGAACGCGUCAACGGCAUAAACAAUGAUCUAACGGCGAAGAUCGAGGAACUGAAACUGUUGACUGAACAGCUGAAAGAUAAAAAUACCGAAAUAGAGAUAUUGAAUGAAGAUAUAAGCUCGUAUCACAACGAGAUCGCGGCCCUCAAGGAGCAGCUAAAGAUGGCUUCCCGAAGCCCAUCCCCGAGGAGCAAGGACGGAGAGGAGAAACGGACCGGCGACAGACAAGCCAACAAUGACAAGAAGCAACUCGCAAAGAUCAAGAAACAAAUAUCCCUAUUGCAAUAUGAGCUAGAUUUUCAUAAGAAGGAGCUGAACGACAAGGCCUUCGAGCUGGCAAAAGCGAAGUUAGACGUGACAGAACUGAAGAGCAACCUCAGCCAAGCCAACAAGAGGGCUGCAGAACUGGAGGUGAAUCGAGAGCAGACGAUGUCUAAGAAUGAGGAGAUGGAAAAAGAAGUCAGGCAGCUGCAAGAAGAGAAGCAGCAUGUUGCGCGACAACUGGAGAUGGUUUUGGCUAGGUUACGAGAAGAGGGCAACAUCGGCGAAUUGAAACAGAAGCUGAAAGAAAAAGCGGAGCGAUGUCGAGAGCUUGAGUCAGAGCUGGAGAACAUGAGAGAUGUCGUUGAGAGGCUUCGCGGCGGGCCCAUGUCUCUGAGCGUGGAGCAACGCGACGGGGCUCGAUCUCCUACUGCGGAGCUGGAGAGGGCUUUGAGGCAGCAGGUUCACCACUCGCGGACCUUGGACGAGGACAUCAUGGAACAGAUAUUAUCUGCCAGCAGCGACGAGAGAGAAGAUAUUCCGCGUCUGGCUCUCGACUCUUCCAAGUCCUCCAGCGUGCAGUCGUCGUCCAGCGAACGUUUCGGCCGCCUCAAGGCCUCGUGCGAGAGGCUGCAGAUGCAGGUGGACAACCUUCAGGCGCGGCUCGAAGACAAGGACGCCCUCAUUGGGGAACUGCAAAGGAUAAGAGAGAAGCUGAGUUCGGAGUGUGAAGGUCUUCGGCUGCGAGAGGAAGCUCUCGGAGACAACUCUGCGAGACUUCAGCUGCUUCUCGAUGCCCAACAGGACACGGCCACGGCGCUGCAGAAACAAGACUCGAGUAUGAUUUCGAUGCUCAAGCGUCGCCUGGAGAGCGCCAUGAAGUCGGAGUUGGAGCUGAGGGACAAAGAGCAGCAGCUGAUGAACAGGAUCCAGCAUCUCGAAGCCAGGACCAAGGAUGACAGCAAUGACGAUAGACUCGCCGUCGAGGUCGAAAACGUGGGUCGUCUAAAGGGUGAAGUGCGAGUGCUAAAGUCCAAAUUAGAGAUGGAGCGCACUCGGUACAACGAGCUGCAGUCAUUGAUCGAGCAGAUACGUGCGCAGGCGCAGAGGGAAGGAGAUGCGCGGACGCAGAUGUGUGUCCAACUUAAGACUGAACUCGCCGAACUGAGGAGAUUAAAGCACGAAACGGGCGUGGAGCUGGUGAGGGCUAAAGAACUGUUAAGCAUCCAGAACUCCGCCAUCUCGCAGCUCAAGCAGGAGCUGUCGGCCGUUCCCAAGCUGCAGAAGCCUGCGGAGCUGGACGACACCCGCUACCUGAUGGAAAGCCCUCGGCCUCAAAUCUUCAGGACUCCAAUUCCCAACGACGAAAAGGAGCACGCCAUCCGGCACCUCCAAGGUCGUUGUCUGCGGCUAGAGAGCUGGCGGAAGGCGCUGGUGUGGCAGAAGAGAUAUUUGCAAAGAGUGGUGACUGGUUUCCAGGAGAUCGAGAGAAGUCUGACUCCGGCCGGUCACAUUAAUACCCCACAACUUUCGGGAAAGAGACGAUUUAGGUGCAUAGUGCGCGUCGUAGUGACAGUGAUACGUAUGCAAUACCUCGUACGUAGACGUCACCACGUGCGAUCGGUGGCCGCCGCGUGCUUACUUCGGGACGUUCACGACGCACCUACACCGAUACAAACGCACACUCCCACUCACGCACACACGUACAGCACGCCCCUGUCCAAGACGCUCACGAGGGCGCGGGCGCUCAACUUGGGAACGCCCAUACGGGCCAGUCCGCUCGCGGCGGGAUUGGUCAGACACGAUUUUAUGGACUUGCCGCGAGAACAUGAAGAGAACGAUCGCCGCUCUGGAUUCAACUCACCUCGGGACGCGAGGUUCAUUCUCAGCUCUCCUCGAGGCGAAGCGGCGUCGGCGUACUCGAACAGAUCGGACGCCGUCGGCAGGUGCUCGGGCCGGACCUCGGCCAGGGACGUGCCUUGACCGAGCGGCCCUCGACUUCGGACGUCCCUCCCAAAUCCCACUGGAACUCGAGGCCUUAUUACCGGUUAAGGCUGUGUAUUUAGUUUAACCAAUUGACGCUCUCUAACUGUCUCCCAUCGAUAAAACAAAGAUUAUUUAUUUAGCCUAACGUGGCCGCGAUAUUUGCGUGCUGAGAGCCGAGUUACAAAUCGGUACUUUAAUAUUAAGGACCGGCCAUUUCCAUCACAAAUUAGUUUAGAAUUAGUUUAGUGCCAAAAUUAGUUAUUGUGUUACUUAAUUUAUUUUAGUCUAUGUCGUUAUCCGCCUAUGUGUGCGUGUGAACGUGUAAAUGUAAGUGUCACCGAAACUAUCAAGAUGAUCUACGGGUGCCCUGGAGGUAUUUUAUGUUUGGAAGAAAUUGACAUUGUGACGAGGGUAGACUUCAGAUUGACCAAAUUGACGGUAGAAAAUAAUUCAGUGUGCACGGAACCUUAUUGUUUAUACGUUUUUUUUAAAGUUUUAAGCGCAACCUUGCCAUGGAGUUUAUACACCGGCGACCCGUUUUGUUAAUGAACUUUUUUUUUCAUAAAUUUUAUAAAGUAAUAUGAGCUAGUAGAUUCUGAAUGAACUCGGUCGCGCGUGUAUAAACGCCCUAAAUAUUUUAGUGAUGGACGCACGAAAGUACAAGUUAGGUUAAGUCUCUCCGUUCUUUAUCUGACAAAAAGUUAACUCUGGAAGUCGAGCGUUAGAACGGGGCUUUAGUCGAGUCCGACCGAUUCCGAGCGACACAUUCGAACGUUCCACGAAAACCGACAUUUAUUUUUCAGAAAACUUAGGAGAUUAUCUGUUUUCCAAUAAGUUAGCUUUAAGAUUUGUAAAUUUUUAGUAAUUAAGUUCUGGUACUUCUUAACUGGCAAUAUUAACCAGAGACAUAUCGAGAUGGAUUUGUCUUAUUUUUCUACGUGCUAUUUAAUGUUGUCAGAGAUAUAUUUCCAUUAUAAAUCAUUUGCUACCGAACAAUUUGAAUUCCUAAACUUAAACCUGUAGUAAUAAUGCGGGUUAUUUUUUUUUCUAUUCAUAAAAUAAUUUGAUAUGACAAAUUGCCAUCGAAGUACCAUAUACAAAUUCACCUUUGCCAUAAUUUUCCUAACAAUAGACAAUACGUAGAGUAAGCCAAAGCAAAAAGUAUUACACGACUUUAUUGACAAUUGACAUUAUUUUGUUAUCUGUAUUCAACUAUUUUUAAUUACGAUGUGAAAUUUAUAUUAAGAGCUACGGAAUCCACUGCACGAACUGCAAUCGUUAUGUACAAAAUAAAAUUGACAGUUAAAAACAAACUAUAAGCCUCCGUUAGCUAGUUAGUGGUUUGUCAUGACCAUGCAGGAAUUCAAAUGUUUAAUUACUCGUUUGUCAUGACCCUGCAAGAAUUCGAAGGUUUAUAGUGAGUUCACCCUUAGUUUAUACAUUAUAAUUGCUACAAUUACACUCAACGUGACCAAAGAUACUUAGAUUAAGACAAACAAACAAACAUACCCAACGAAAAUUUAUUUGAAAAUUUCACAUCAUCUAGUCACAGCUCCAUCGUGCCAUACUUUUGUUAAAAUAUGUUCAAAAAGUAAAAAAUAAAAGUAUUUUGUAA